AGCAAAGCAAGCAUAAUGCAGAUGAGAGAGAGCUGCUAGUUUCUUCUAAAUUUUUGGGUUAAGAAACGCUUUCCAGCAGAAAUUAGUGAUAAUUAUCUGUUAAGAAACGAAGCUAAUUCAUCCUGAAAAAUAGUUUGUACAUAUCGCGUGUUUAUUUCCAAUAAUCUAAUCUUUAUUGUUAAGGAUUAAUUACAAUGUCACAACGUAUCGAUGAUAGAGUCCCCGCGGAAGAGAGUGAUCUCCUUCAAAUUAAGCCGCUAGGCGCGGGCCAGGAAGUUGGGAGAUCUUGUAUAAUAUUAGACUUCAAAGGCAAAAAAAUUAUGCUCGAUUGUGGUAUCCAUCCUGGUUUGUCCGGUAUGGACGCAUUACCUUACGUAGAUUUAAUAGAAGCCGAUGAGGUGGAUCUCCUCUUUAUAUCACAUUUCCACUUGGACCACUGUGGAGCUUUACCAUGGUUUCUCAUGAAAACGAGUUUUCGGGGCCGAUGCUUUAUGACGCACGCCACAAAAGCUAUCUAUCGAUGGAUGUUAUCAGAUUACAUAAAAAUUAGUAAUAUUUCCACCGAACAAAUGCUCUAUACUGAAGCCGAUCUGGAAGCGUCGAUGGAGAAAAUAGAGACUAUAAAUUUUCACGAAGAAAGAGAUGUUAUGGGUGUUCGCUUUUGCGCCUAUAAUGCGGGUCAUGUGCUUGGCGCAGCCAUGUUUCUAAUUGAAAUCGCUGGAGUUAAAAUACUUUAUACCGGCGACUUUUCUCGACAAGAAGAUCGUCAUUUGAUGGCCGCGGAAAUACCGCCCAUUAAGCCUGACGUUCUCAUCACUGAAUCCACUUAUGGUACUCAUAUACAUGAAAAACGAGAAGAUCGAGAAAACCGUUUUACCUCUUUGGUGCAGAAGAUUGUCCAACAAGGUGGACGUUGUUUGAUCCCAGUUUUUGCCUUAGGCCGCGCCCAAGAGUUGCUACUUAUACUGGAUGAAUAUUGGUCACAGAAUCCUGAGCUGCACGAAAUACCCAUUUACUAUGCUUCAUCUCUGGCUAAGAAAUGUAUGGCCGUUUAUCAGACAUACAUUAAUGCAAUGAAUGAUAAAAUUCGACGUCAAAUCGCUGUGAAUAAUCCGUUUGUAUUCCGACAUAUUUCCAAUCUAAAAGGCAUCGACCAUUUCGACGACAUUGGUCCUUGCGUUAUAAUGGCAUCGCCAGGAAUGAUGCAAAGCGGUUUAUCGCGAGAACUAUUUGAAAACUGGUGCACAGAUCCUAAAAAUGGAGUUAUUAUUGCUGGGUAUUGCGUCGAAGGUACCUUGGCGAAAUCCAUACUUUCAGAACCAGAAGAAAUUACGACACUGGCUGGACAAAAAUUGCCGCUGAAUAUGUCAGUGGACUACAUUUCUUUCUCUGCACAUACUGAUUACCAACAAACAAGCGAAUUCAUCCGUCUUCUAAAACCUCAACAUGUGGUGUUAGUUCAUGGAGAACAGAACGAAAUGUCUCGUCUAAAAAUGGCCCUGCAGCGAGAAUAUGAGGCAGAUACCUCUACAAAUAUAAAAUUUUAUAAUCCACGUAACACACAUUCUGUUGAACUCUAUUUCCGUGGUGAAAAAACCGCCAAAGUGAUGGGCAAUUUGGCGGCUACCAAACCAGAGGUUGGCAAAAAAUUGUCCGGAGUGUUGGUGAAACGCGACUUUAAGUACCAUCUUUUAGCAGCGUCUGAUUUAUCAAAGUACACGGACAUGAGCAUGUCUGUCGUAACACAGCGACAGUCCAUUCCUUGGAAUAGUCCUUUAGGUACUUUAAAGUUGUUAUUGGACAGAAUUGGUGGUGCUGGUACAACAGAAGUUAUUGAGGAAGAGAAACGUAUUCGUGCAUUCAAGUGCAUCGACCUCUUGGUGGAGGGAAAAAUCAUUAUUAUGGAGUGGCAGGCAACACCUGUGAAUGACAUGUUUGCUGAUUCAGUUCUAGCAUGCAUUAUGCAAACUGAAAUGGGGGGCACCAGUAUUAAAGGUGCCACUGCCCUUUCAAAAUCAGAUCGCACCCAUUUCAAAGAAUGUUUGGUAGAAACGCUUCAAGACACAUUCGGGGAACAUUCUGUACCAAAAAUGUUCAAAGGUGAUGUUUUGCCCGUUACUGUGGCGGGAAAGCGAGCGGAAGUGAAUUUGGAAACAUUACAAGUGCAUUGUCCGGAAGAUGACAGCUUACGACAAAUAGUUAAUACAGCAGUACAAAAAUUGCACCAGGCUUUAGUCACACUUCCUUGAACCGUAAUAAAGUCUACAUAAGUAUUUUUAUGAAAUCGA